CUUUCCGUCGCACACGUAGCGGUGGGUGGAGAGACAAAAGUAGGUUUUAGGACAGACUGUUCUGUGCAUCAGACAGACGGUUACAAAAGGCUCCAGUCACAGCCCGCCUGCGCCAGCCACGCAUUCCUGCCCCGUCUUCUCCACCACCUCACCUCUUCCAAAAGGGUGGGACUGAGACAGUCUGACUGAGGAAAAGUGCCAGUGAUAGUCUUUUGUUACUCGAAAGCGGUUCAAAGCGCGACAUUUUACCUUAAGUGUCCGGCAAGCCAGCUCGUUCUCGCUGUUGAAUCCAUCAACUUCUCCCGACCACCAUGCAGAUUCAGUGCGCCCAGGUAUUCCGUGUGUGCGGCAUCGCGUCUUUCCUGGUUUUCUGUGUCCUAUACGGGUCCUAUCAGUACUACUACAACUACUAUGGAUACUACGGAUACGGAGAUUCGGAAUCUUCCAAUGACAUCGACUCGGAGCCAGCCCUACCCGAUCUUGUUCCCGAUGCCUACGUGAUCCAGGUGUCGGCCUACCUGGACACCCAGCCCAUGUCGAAGCUACAGUGUGCGCUGUCGGAGAACUGUCUCAGCAGAUCGGCAUGGAACGCCGACUUGAACGACAAGAGGAAACUCCUCAGGUUCGCCCUGAAGACUGAGAACAGGGGGAAGGGAGAGUUCAACCCAGAACUCCCCCGGCGCUACUGGGUCUGGCACUCCUGCCAUCAACACUACCACAGCAUGGACGCGUUCUCGUACUACGACCUGCUGGACAUGAACUCAGGCGGGCAGGCGGCGGACGGCCACAAGCCGAGCUGGUGUCUGGAGAACACGGGCUGCGGCUACACCAGCAGGAGACCGGUCUCCUACAACUGCCAUUGGGGCACACAGGGCAUCUCCAGUGGCUGCUGGGAUACAUACACCUCCGAUCUGGACUGCCAGUGGAUAGAUGUGACUGACGUGAAACCGGGAUCUUACAUCAUGGAGGUUUGUAUUUACUGA